AUGUCGACUGAGGAGCUCCAGGCGUACUUAGACUUGGACAGAUUGUGCAAGAGAAAACGCAAUCAGCAAGCUCGGCCCUCGAUUUCGGGUCUGUGGAAAUCUGCUUUUCGAGACAUUCAACGUUUUGAGGUGGAGGCUGUUCGAAACGUUCUUUGGUCCUGGGUCAGAGAUGCCGCCGAUUCAUGGACAUGCGGAUUCUACAGUUGGUGCUGUGACCCUGUCCCGGCCGACCAUGUGCGCGACGAUGACGUGGUUGUGGCCUGA